AGACCGCUCGCUGGUGAGGGUAAAUCAGUAGCGACGUGUUAAAAGGCCCGAGCACCGGCACUUGAAAGAACUGCCAGCAUUUGCCGCGGAAAGUUUUCGUCCUUCCCCAGGCAGCAUUUCCCUCGACUACGGCACGAAGCAUAUUUUGUACCCCUACCGAACAUCUGACUGUUUAAUACAUCAGCAGCAAGGUUCACUGCAGGUUAUUUUUACGGGUCAGCAUGUUUAUACCCAUUGGAAGCAUAUGUGGUCUUCUGUUGCUCAUUCUGGCCCUGACUCCGGCGUCGUUGCAAAGCAGCGAGCAUGAAAACGAUGAAACAAACAGCUGGAAAGAAGUCAAGGGUGGUGUAGGCAAGCCCAAUUAUGCCAAGAUGGCAGAUUUCGCAGUUCGACAUUAUACAACUGCCGUGGAAUACUACCUUGCCGUCAACAAGCUGCAGAAGGUGCAACAAAAGGGCCAUCACUACAAGCUCACAUUUUUGUACACCCCGACGCGCUGCCCAGUGACGAAAGUUUUCGAACCUGAACUUUGUGUGGCAACAAGCGAAAAGCCAUCGGGAAAAUGUCAAGCAUUUGUCACCGAGAGGAAGAAGGGCCCCUUCGUAGACUGGAUUGACUGUGAAGAUUUUAACAAGAAAGAAUCUCGACGAGCUGGCGUGCAACUUCCGAAAAAGCAUAGGCGGUAAAUUGUCCCAGCGAGGAGCUCUUCGAAUCAGUGUCGCGACCUCCAAGGCCCACCUUCAGCAACGUGCGCACUGCCACAAUAGUGCUUGAAGGAGCAAUAUCUUAGGAUGUUAUGCCUGCCGAUACGCAUAAAGCAUGAUUACAGUUUAUUUACCGUUAA